UUGAACCGUCACAACAAUCGCAAGAUUUGCAUAAAUUUGAGUAAGGCUUCUAAACCUAUUGAUGCUUAUCCACUACAAUGUUCCCAAUAUACAGAUGCAGAAAAAGUUAAUCCGCGACUUUCAAAAAAUCAUAUGUUAAAAGAUUAUGUAUCGCCUGAUGAUGAUGUUUUAGUUGAAGAAACUCCCCCCUUCUGA